AUGACGUGUGCCAUUGAAGGAGGCGUCUUCUUUUGGGACAUCCGGCCAGAAAAGUCGCCGCUGGCCAUUGACAAGACCCGUGACCAACUCACGGUACCGAAGGAUGUGCCUCUCACUUUUGCCGCACUUGACGCCAAGUGGAAGCCCAUCUUGCGCGUUAGUCUGUUUCGUCCUGAGAACGGACCAGAGCACUGUGCCAGACGCUUCUGCAUGCGGGUAAGUCAAAAUACUGAACUAUUAAUAUCAGAGGUUGACUGCUGAUGACGUAGGAGACUGGGUCAGCAGCCGUUUCGCAUUCGUUAGCAUUCUUCCAUGCCUGUGCGCAUGGGUACGGCACAGACAACUAACGGAUGAGGCCCAACCAAUAGGUUCACAGCAGCCUCGGCCUGAAGCUAAAUCAGUGCCCCUUUGCCAGGAUGUUUCAUGCAGGCCGCACGGACAUUUAUCUAAGGUAGACUUAUGAAUAUCAAUCUGCUUGACUUUUUGGAGUCAGAAAGCUACGGCGGCCGGGGCAGACAUAAUGGCAUGGGAAUCGUCAACCGGAUUCCAAAGCUAAAAAUCAUGGGGAAAAACGAUAGAAACAGGAUAGACUGUAACAGCAACUCUUUUGAGAUACUCUCUACCGUACUAAGUUUAUGUGCAUACCAGCAUGUGGGGUGUGCGAGGGUCAGAUUCGGAAUUCAUCCUGCGGCAGUCAGGUCAUCAUGGAUGCGCUUGGUGGGAACCGCCAGUACUUACCCUGGAAUGGCCACUCAAACGCAUCUUUGAAGCUACAGAGAGCACAGCGCCGAAGCGUGUGUCCACGAUCAUGGCACCCUGCACUGCCCAGACAACCAGCAGACAUGCACGCAUGACCAGGAACGACAACUGGACUGCCGAAAGCUACGACGUCCACCGCCACCUCACGAGGUGGGCACAGGGGUUCGGUGUGCGUGAAUUAGUUUAUAGUGAGGCAGACCUGCGUAGGAUCUACCGCACUUUCUCCUCCCUCACCCACCGCGUCCGGUGGCAGGACAACGUAAAGACAACCAGAGGUGGGCACGGGCGUAGUGGUUAAAAAAGCCAAAAUGUUCGCAUGCGGUUUCCACUGCAUGUGCCGGGCUACAAGAUGGGCGGUUCCGAGCUCGUGUAGGUGAGGGUGUUACAAAGGCCACAUUAAGACGGAACCACUACAACUGGAUUCUCAGUCCUAAGAAAGGCCGAGUUUCCUGAAAACUGGCGGCGUUCCAUGUCACCACUACUGACGCGUCAUGAUAAAUUCAAGCUUGCCCUGGGGAUUGAUUACCUGACGUCGGCCUCAUUCUCCCUUUCCUCUCCCAUGUGCCAGUCGACUGCCCGAGCCUGUCAUGCAACGGAUGAUGAGAGCGGACACGGGCUGAACGACCCGUUCACGCAUGAGCCGUAAUUGUUCUGAAAUGCCACUUUUAUUCCGCCGUACCGGCGAUAGAUCAUAUGCUUGCUACAGGAGUAAUGUUAAAUGUGUUGCGGAAAGUUGUUGGGUGAGCACAUGUUGUGGGACCCGUUCGAGCGUAACGGGGAUGUGUGUGUGCAAGUAGAAGGAGGUGUUGUGAUGGGAUCUGAAUCUUGUUAUUUUACCAAACGUUUGUGUGAAUACACAUUUGGUCAAAUGGGCUCGUACGACAAUCGAAUACCAAAGGACAGUGAAAGUGGGGCUCUCGUCACUAGUUCGCUUUUUGUAAUGUGAUGGAUUUGUAAGUGAAUGACCAGAUCGGUGUGGUAGUAUGAAGGUGCGGUCGCAAUACUGUCAUAUAGAGACCGAAUCCACGCUGCUGGCGGUGUUGAUGUUGGUGGUGGUGGGGAGGAUGAAAUAGUAAAUGUAUGGGUUUACUUCUGCAACCUUGCCGGGGAUGACGACGCUCUGUGCCGUCGUGAUCCGUUGGACGGAUUGUCAUAGCGGUGGAACCGACGAUGCCUUACCAGUCUCAUACAUGCUCAGAACGUCACUUUGCAAUGCGGACAUGUUGGUACAUGUUGCGCGUUUGCUGCAUUGAUCCGUGAUACCUGAGACUUGCCUGCUUCCAUGCAAACAGUUUCGUAGAUCGUGGCUUCAUUUGUCACGGCAAUGAAGCACGCCUGGGCACUCCGGGCAAGGUUGUCUCAGGUCACUAAAUUGAGUUGCAGGUGUUUGGGAAAAUCUUUAUGGUGUCCUCGUAACAACCCCUUUGCCUGAAUUCUCUUUGAGUACCGGCGUCGAGGCCUCUAUAGAAUAAUCGCUUGAACAGGCGCGCAUCACGAUGUUGGUUCUUCAGCGCAGUUGCAUCUGUCCCAUAAUAAUGUGUAUACUGAGGAUGCCGGUUCUUUUCAGGACAUCCUUGUCGAGAAUCCUGUCUUGCUACCUCCUGCGAAGACGGUGUAAGGCCGGGUCUUAAUUUUUCGACAUUCUUCUUGUAGCCGACAGGCAGCGAGGGUGGUGUGUAUGAUUCCGCGGUUCUUUCGAAAUACACUUUGAUCUUCAGGAAGAAGUCCUUGCUCCAGUUGAAGGUUUAGGCGGUUGAGGUAGACUCCCCUGCGGCUGUCACAAAGUUGCCGAUUUCCCUUUUGUUUGUAUAAAUGGACACUGUUGACGUUAGGUAAAUACUGAGGGUUUUGACCUUGUCUUCACAUCUCCUGAAACAUCAAAGUGAGUUUAUCCAUGAGCUGGGGGUCGCCAAACUUGUAAAGUUCCCACGCAGGGGCUUUUACACGCCCUUCGACCUCACUUUUGUGUUCCGAUUUCUGAGACUAUGACUUACUCCCCCUGUGCAGGCUGUUCUAUUGAUUGUGGUCUGGUAGUGGCCAAUUAUGGCAAAUAAUUCCCCGAUUACAGAGGGCAGACGUCAGAGUCUGGAGGGUAGGUUGAUACAGCACUGUUUUGGGCUUGUUUGGCUUCAUUCGACCAAUCAUAACCCUGACUACCAGCUGGAGCCGGAAACACAAACAUGCGCACUGAUGCAUCUGGCGCAACUGGCCCACCAUCUGGGUCUACCCAGUGGGUCAUAAGCACUUUAUUGAACCGAAUUUAAUCAGUGCCUCGCCACCUGCCAUUUUCUGUCGCUACAGAUCGGGUACUAAUUACCCCAGGAAUGGGCGCACCCCCAUCCAUUGGCUUCCCGAAACAAACAAGCUUCAUACGGAUGAUAGGGGUCAUGAACAAACAGGCAAUCAACUACCAGGCCGAAGUCGGCCAAGCUAAGGGGAGACGACAAAGUCUGGGGGUAGAUUGAUACGGCACUGUCGUCUCCCCUUUGUUAUCAUAGCUUGAUGAAUUCGGUCUGGUAGGUGGUUGCCGGUUCGUGACCCCUACCACCCAUACGAAGUUUGUCUGCUUCGGGAAGCCAAUUGAUCGGUGUGCGCCCAUUCCUGAGUGAAUCCCCCGAUUCUUGCCUGAUAGGUUGCCGCCUGUUCACGACCCUUACCCCCAUCGAAUGGAGUAGAUUUACCCCGAAGCCUCGGUCAAAUUGGCAUGCGACCGUUCCAUUGUGAAUAAAUGCCCGAUCAGUUCGAAAAGUACAGAUUGAUGGUGGUACAUUAGCAAAAUCUUGGUUUAGUGAUAUUGUUGACCUGUUGGUCUGACUUCACCUGUCGAUCGCGUUCACCAUGUUUAUGCUCGGUAGCAGGCGCUGGCCAGAAGCAUGGUUGACUAGUGAAGGCACUGAACAGACCCAAAACGGCCGUUGUCACAGUGUCUCUGUAUUUUCAACAUAAUUUUCGCAUCGUCUGUCUUGAUAACCGGGGGUCUCAGGGACACAGUUUACUUUAUUCCACGUCAUUUAGAAAACGUUUAAUAGAAAUUUGCUUGUAAAAUAUAUGGGUGUUAUUAGCCUGGUGAGAACACACCAACAACAAUGUUGCAAGCUAAUAUUUUAUUCGUGGUAAGAGUACAGCAUGAUUUUGCAUAGGUCGCCGCGUGAAAUCUCAGUUCGUUUCCCUAACCAUGAAACUGACCACGUGAAGCACAGCUGGUCCAUCGGCAUUCCUCUGUGCUCUCUUGAUGGGCCUGACUACCAUACAAAGCUAUGUCUGCAGAGAGGCCUACAGCUGUGAUGAGCGAGAAGUCCACGACAAAUCUGACACAUAUGCCUUUUUAACCACCAUACUUGCAAGGAUUCUAGGCCAAAAACUUUCCUCAUCUUCUAGGAGCGACAAGGCGACAGGUCCAUUUUGGAAUCACGUGCCAAUGUAAAGAAGAAAAUGGCUGCCGAGAAGGAUCCCACUAAAAUUGGACUGGCAAAACUACCGCCGCUCGAAGGAAUCAACUCGCACCUUUAUGUGGGUACGGAGGACGGUGAUAUCGUGUACGUCGAUUGGAUGCCUCAGAAGGACACACAGACGGCCAAGAUGCAGACUACCAUGCCCGUGUUCUUUGCAACCCAACACGACGGCCCCAUCUCAUACCUGAACAGGUCACCAUUUCUUCCGGAAGUUCUGCUCUGUGUUGGCGGGUGGACUUGGUCUCUUUGGAAGGAGGGUGUAAAUACGGGUCCCCUUAUAUCUUCCUGUGCUUGCAGUAAAGCUUAUACAGGUACUUACGCGUUUGAAAUGGCGAACGAGGGCAUGGAGCUGUUGAUUGCUACCAGCUAAGUUCAUGAAAAUGAACCUAGAUUUUAGGCUCUAAAUACAUGAUCGGUUCCAUAGGCAUGAACUCUGAAAUUUCUUAUAAUAAGUUUCCUUCCUUUAAGCUUCGGAACUUUUCGAGCAUCGAACUGCCAUUGAUUGCUGCUCGUAAUAGUCGACAAACUCACAGUAAUCAUCCUUGUCAGAGCCACUACUACUAGAACAGUUACACCUGCUGUUAUCAACAUAUUUGGGCACGAGUUGCAACUGCGUACCUUGGCUAUCAUCUAUUUGGCUGUCUUUUGUGACGUCUUGUGAUAAGAACAUGGAUACUAGCAUUCUCACUUACUUUAAAGGACCCCGACGGAAUAACCAUGCAACGGUUCAUUAACAAUAAGAAUUGAAAACUUGCGAGCACAGGAAGAGUUCAUAACCAGGGUGCGGAUGUGGAAACUCCUGAUUCAAAGCGCAACAAUCCCUUGGGCAAUGCAUCCCUUAGGGUUGUCGGAAAAACGCAGUCUUACUUAAUCCGAGGGUGAUUUUGGAUUUGGAUUUUUCAGACUCGGUAGAUUUCUUUAGCUCAAAGGGUGGCCACAUAGUAGUAAAACAUCGAGUAUGCCCUUAGUGUCCCCUCCUAAUGCAACCUUUACGCUAUCCGUAUAUUUCCUUAUCUGCAGUCUACAUAACGGAAUGCGUCAAGAACGUCUGUUUUCACCGCCAUAUUUGAAAUUUUCAAUUGGCUUUAGUCAUGAAUGUGCGCGUAUCUACCCGUCAUUUUCAUAAAUAGCCCGGAGGCCUGGCCGAGGGCUUUACCAUUGGUUUCGCUCCAGCAUAAUAGCACUUUUACACUACUCUAAAGGUGGUUGUUGGUCACCCACUCGACCUUCCGUCUUCUUCGUUAUUCGCGCUGAUGGGACUCUGGAGAGCUGGGACCUUUUGGAUAAGACCCAUGAACCGGCUCUGAUGCAGAAUGUCUCGGCUUCCGCCCUAACUUCAAUCUCCAUCAAAGUUGAAGGCAAAAAACAACUCAUGGCCGUCGGUGAUAUGCACGGAGCUCUCCGCGUUCUGAUUGUAAGUUCCAAGACGGCAAACCUUGAAACAUAGGAGUGGUGUCCACUCAUUUGCCCUGAUUGUGGGACAAAAUACGGGCGACUGCGUUUCGCAUUGCAGUUCUGUGGUUAGGGUUCAUACAGGCUGUCGAUCCGUGACCAGUACUCGAUAGCCAGAAAUGGUUACGGCGAUGCUUGACUACAUGCUGAACUCAGAUUCAUGCAUCUCGCGUGCCAGCAACUAGGGUUAAGUAUCGUUGGCUGUUACUGGCAGAUAAACCAGAAGUACUCAUUCCCAUGACUCUUUGUUUUUCCAUUAACCUACUUCUAUUGUAAACCUUUAUUUUUCUUUUUAACAUGAAACAAAGUCAUUAGAGCACGUAUAGAUCCUGCCGUCUCCUAUGUCCCAAAGUCGGCUUUAUGUUUUGCUGAAUUUUAGUCGUGUGAUCGUAUUUUAUGACAGCAACUGAUAUAAUGUUGACUAUUAACGAAUCCCACAUGCAAAGCCAACCCUACUUUUACGUGUAAGUGUUUAAAUAAAGGCCAAAAUUCUCACUUGUGAGCAUUGAAGCAUGCCCCUUCUGUCUUGUAAAGUUGCAAGGGUACCACAGGCACGAAUCCUUUCGAUCUUGAUCAACUGGCCUUUCUCUGUCACAGAUCUCAGCAGCUCACACGACCAGGACGUUCACUUACGUCGCCUUCUUUUUUACUUAAGAUGACAUUCAAACUUCUGGUCGAAUAAUAUCGUAAUCAGUCUUUCCUUUCCUACUAUUUUCAAGACGCCAACGAAGGCUGAAUAAUAUAAAUUAUAAGAGGUAAAAUGUUUAUACAAUUACCAGUUAGAGUGUGCUAAACCACUCUAAUAAAACUUCAGAAUCUGACUGCUGCUUUCUGUAUAUUGAGAGGAGUUACCGACAGUGACAAACGAGACCAGGAUAAAUGCUUUUGGUUUAGUUGUUAUAGUCAACUGGCCAAACCUCAACCCGAGGCUGAUCAGGUCAAAGUCUUGAACCUGACCUGAGUCUGUCCCUGAGUCAAUGCUAGUCCACUGAAGCACGAACUCACGCCCGGGAAGGUGAAAAUCACGCAGGAGUGGUGACCACUGAUCUAUCGUUAUUGCGGGACAGAAAGCACUGUUACAGUUUGUUCUGGCUCAAUUAACAAUCACGGAUGCUAACUGGAAUGGCCUACGAGGGUCGAUGGGUCGCGGCCUAAUGUCCCGCGAGGGCGCUAGAACUGAGUUCGAAGGAUACACAGCGUGGCUGUAUCCCGGCCUGAAAUCAAGGCUAACCAUCUAAAGUCAUCCCGAGCCUCGUUUUUUCACGACUUAAACAUAUGAUAGGUUUAUCUGGUAAACGUAUGAAACGAUCUAGGACGUUUACUCUUGUUAGCGGCGUGUUCAUUUCAACCAUUCCAGUAUGGUAAAAGCUGAGACAAUCUCAUAAGAUGCUGACGAGCAGUCAUGCACCAAAAAAGGCAUGUGAUUCAAGGUCAGAUGAAAACGUGUGGGGCAAAAUCCCUGAUGACCGGUAGUACUUUUUCGUCUUUCAUACCUUAAAAAUUACAUCCGGCUGACUUCACAGAGACUACCUCUUUUAGUCAGAAACCACUUAAUUACUUUUCCGGUCGUCCGAAAGUUUAAUAUACUUGUAAGAUGAAGUAUAAAAGUGUGGAUUUCUUUCGCAUUCUUAUGUGUUUCGGAUCUUUACAGUAAAGGUGAUAAAGACAGCAAAUAUAAUGCAUAUUUUGGCUUGUUUUCAGACAUUAAAUCACUGCCAUAUUGUAAUGUGAAGUCUAUCAACUACUACAGGUGAUAAAGUGAGGGCAACCGUCAUCAACCCUUCCAACCUCAGUAUGUGCGGUAAGGAGCGUUCAACUCCCAGACCUCACCGGCCUGGGUGUUUGGUUGACCGAUCACGAUAAAUGAGCCAGACAGGAAUUUUUCAGUAGCCUCUGAUUUUCUCAAUUACGGAUUGGUUUUUACUGUGCGUCCACGUGCGAGGCCUCCAGAGCAAGGACUCUAGACAAAAAAUGCCCAUAUUUCUUUUUACAGUUAAGCUAAAUAGGAGAUGAUCAUUUUAACGUGACUUUGGAUGACUCCAAUAGCAGUCAAGUGAGUCUGAGCCCAUAUAUCACCUAACAGAGUGCUAACCAAGUCGCUCCGGGCUCAAAUGUCAGGUAUUCUAUGUCCGGAGAUGGACGGCGACUGGUUGAUUAAUGUGAGCAUAACAAAAGCAGUUAUUCCGGUAGGCCGUGUGCUCGUCGUUAAUUCUUCUCUCCCACCAACUUUCAUGACAUAAGUGAGAUGACCUCGCAUACUUUUGCCACGGGUACGGGCUGGCUCAUUUUAUAUGAAGUUCCUCUCAUCACUGGAGGCUGGAUCAUACGCAUUCAGAACCGUAGGGAACUCUGGGCAGGUGCCCGGUGCCGACAAACGCUCGUGCCUCAGAGUCCUGGUUAAGUGACCUACGCGCCUCCCCAAGCAAUGGCCUGUGAAAGUUGAGAUUCAAAACUAAGUAAAUACAAAUACGAUUGUAGGCUUCUGCAUCUCACGAAAUGUUUUGGGCGGCCAGCCCCAAGAAGAGUCAGGGUCGUUCGUCUUUCGACGGGCGCUGAAGCCACUAAUAAAUGGUUACCAUUUGCGGUUUCGAACAGUGUACACAGGAUGAUUUGUCAUGACCACUUUUGGAAAAUGUUUAAUGCGCUUCUUGGCAAAUUUGGUCAUCUUGAACAAGUCGGUGGGCACGAUACACGUAUGCUACCUUCUUAUACAUGCUAGCUUUUCGAGGGCUUUUCUGUUGUUUUGACAGACUUCCAAUCUGCUAUUGCUACCACAUCCUUUUUCUGCCCAGGUUCCGCACAGGAUGAAAGUUUGCGGAGCUACGGAACUGGAUGCCAUGAAUACCUACAUCGAUAGGGAGGUCCGAAGGAGGGACUUUGUUUUGGCUAGGUGGAACAAGCGAGAACAAGAACGUAUUGAAAAAGAAAAUGAAAACAAGCGAAUGGCGGGCAUCGCUACCGUCGGGAAGCUUACAGAUGAAGAGAUCCUGAAAAAGUGGAGGGUAGGCAUUGAGCGCCAUUGCUGUCUUUGAUUCGUGAACUUCCACGUAUCGUUAAAGGUGACCUCAUUUCCAGUAGACUGAAUCUGGUCCUAUCGCUCUCAAUCAGUUGAUGUGUACGGGGCAAUUUAAAAGUGAACCACAUGGACCUCUUGGACCGACCUAGCAGUAAUAAGUUCUUUAAAGGGAAUUGGAUGUAGCAUAGCAAUUUCUCGGUGUAUCCGUUCUCCAAAAUCCGCCAACUCCUAUUUGCAGCGGUAUGAUAGAAGUUCCCAACUGCUUUACUGAGGCAGGUGCAGUAGGACUUUCCAAUAAAUUCAUUUUCAUUUGCAAAUGCGAGUGUUCACAGUGACAGCAGUUCCUUUUUCUGAUCCUAAGUCCUAAAGGUAAAUUAACAGAAUUUCGCUGUCUGUAGCUUUGACUGAGUUUCCCCUAGGUCUUGUCCUCGGAUUUUGCUAGCAUUCCGGUUACUCUUCCCCACUUUAUUUAAAAUAACAUAUUGCUCUGUAACUGCGCAUGUUGGCUUUAAUCCUGGUCUCAACUAACUGAAUUUAAGCCUUUUCGUUGUAGGCUGAGUACGAGGUCUACUUGGCUGGCGAACGAGAGUUCCUGCGAGCCUUGGGGUUGUUUCAUGAAGAAGAGGAAGAUCAGCCGGCGGCAGCCCAACCUGAAGCUGCACCCGCUUAA